AGCGCGUACCUCCGAGACCUUCAUGAUCGCGUAGCGGAGAAACUGAAGACGGAAACUGAAACUCCGCUACACUCAUAUUUUAAACAAACUGAAGUUGUACGAACUUUCAACAACAACAACAACAAAAAAAAACUGUCCUCGGACAAAGACGAGCGAAGUGUUUAUAAACUGAAGACAAGAAGAAGAAUGGAGGUGAGCGCAGAGGCCAAACGCGUCAUGGUCCAGGCGCUGAGCAAACUGUAUAGCUCCCGCACGCAGCGCGGGGGGCUGCGACUUCACCGCAGUCUGCUGCUCACGCUGGUCCUCAGGUCCGCCAGGGACAUCUACCACAGCGCCCGCGCUGCCUGCGACAGCGAGGAGCCCCUCGGUCCGCCCGCCGCUGACCCUCAGCAGUGCCCCGCGGAGGAGGCGAUGGAGACGAGCGGCGGCCGAGCGGAGACAGCCGUCUCGGUCCAGGAGCAGCCGGCGUCCCGCAGAGAGAGUCGGGACGACAAGGAAAACGAGAGCCCUGCGGGAGCCGAGCGCCAGUCCAGGAAGCGGCGAGGCAAGACGGCGGCCGAACCGGACUUCCUGCCCAGCAAGAGGGCGAGAAUGGACCCGAGCGAGGAGAGGCUGCCCACUCGGAGCGGCCCCGGGGGCUGCCGUGGACUCAGGGGAACCCUGGCGUCCUUACCGGUGUCGCAGGCCAUCGCAGCCUUCUGAGCAGUUUCCCGACACGCGGGAGGGAGACACGGGCACCGAGAGCACUGCUCUCUGUACGGAAGGAAGGGUCAGACAGAGAGCCCCCGACUCACUGCGGGACUGGACCGACCGACAUGUGGCGUUCCUCGAGCCCACGCGCGAGCACUGAGCGCCGACCGAGUGGGCGAGGAGGGGGACGCGAGUGGCCACGGCUCUCGGAACGAGUUGGUUCUGAAACACGAGUCGGGCGGUUGAACUUUUCCACGGGUGUCCCGUGGCCACGCCGUAAAACGGGACAACUCCGUGAAGGUGUGGGACUGGAGUGACUCACGGCGCUGAGUAACAUCCGCCCUCUGUGUCACGGCAGGGCAGGGCGGGUGCGGUGUGGGGGAGGGGGUCUUCUGUUGUUUCCGCUCCUUUUCCGAGGAACCGACAUCUGCGGAAGACAAGAAUGGACUUGAACACGAGCCUUAACCGGUGCUAAAUGGACAGAACCCAUGGCAGCAUGUUUACAUCGCACCAGAGUGUGUGUGUGUGUGUGUGUGUCUGUGUGUGAGAAUGUCAUGUUCAGAAAACAACGUUCAUGUAUUAAUUAUGAAUACAGUGAAAUAACUUUGUGUGCCUGUAUAUAUAAUAUAAUAUAAAAAUAUAAACUGAUGGAUGCUGCUUUUUAACCAAAUAAUACCUCAGCUGAAUAACAACUUUUAUAAAAUAAUAAAAAAAAAAAAAAA